AUGGAGUCUUUCAAGAGCCUCCUGGCCAAAUCGGACGGCGCCGACAGCGACGCCGACAGCGUGGCUGAGGUGGUCCAACUCUCCGGUCUCGUGCCGCCCCUGCAGCUCGACACGCAGGAGUGCACGAUGGUCAUCAUCAUGCCCCGGAACAAGACUGCAGGGGGUAUCGUGGACCACAAGGAGACUGUGGAGAACCCUUUGACCAAGGCGAAGCGCAUCUUUGAUAUGCCCAACAACCAUGACAGCUGCAAGACGCUGGCCAAGCUUGAGCACAUCAAGUCGGAUGAGCCCAUGUCCAUGGACCUUUAUCAGGCCGACAUCCGCAAACGCUUCAUGGAUGUCCUUAAAGAGUCCGGAUUCAAGGCGCAACCAUUCCCGAGCAUUGAUCGGGAUGAGACGUUCCUCAAGCUCUAUUUGCCCCUCGAUGGCGAGCACAUCGCCGUGAUGGCAGAGCACCUGGAGUACGACAUGCCGGUGAAGGAGUCAGUCUAUGAGACGGUAGAGCCGCACGGACCCUACCCAGGCCGGGUAGCCAUGCACAACACUGACAAGCUCCCCGUUUUGGCACGGAUUCCUUUUCGCGCUGCCGAGAAGGACCGGUUCUGCCCAUUUCGCAGCAUCGAUGCCAUUCGCCUUCUGGAGUUCUGGCUGGAUGAAUGGGUGAGCCUGGAUGAGAUGGAGAAGCAAGGAAUUAUUACGUGUUACUUUCCCUGUCCGAGUGCCCGGCAAAUUCAAGAGAUCCACAACGAAGUCUUGACCACGGACAAAUGGUUCAAUCCUCACUUCGCUGACGCGACCAUCAAGAUUCGACCCUAUUUUGGUGAGACCCUAGCCUUCUAUUUCAAGUUCGUGGCCCACCUUGCCCAAUCCAUGCUUGUUCCUGGCUUUGUGGGUGUGGUGUUCUUCGUUCUCAACAGAACGGAUGUUGUCGACCAAGAAAACGUGGGCCAGGCUCGCCAGGCAUGUUGCGUGCUCUUCUCAAUUUGGGCUGCAACGCUCUUGCAGAUAUUCAGUCGCCACUCAUCGCGAACCAAGCAGUUCUGGGGUGUGGAGGAGACCGAACGCUUCGCGCAGCCCAAUCCGGAUUGGGACCCCACGCGGACCGGUGAGACUGCAAGACUUUGCGUGAACCUUGCCACUGUGACAUACAUAGUGGUGUACGUUGGUGCCAUCACAGUCCUCCUGACCUGGCAGUACAACAUUCCCCCCGACGCACCUGGCGCCAGCAUGUUCUCCCUCCUGCUCACCAUAGUCAUCAAGGGUGGCAACUUCUUGUGGUCCAAGAUUGCGCCGGCGCUUGUCGAGUUCGAGAACCACAGAACUGAGGUGGACAUGGAGGAGAAGCUGUCAGCUUUACUUGCCGGCGUCAAGCUUUUUGUUGCCAACUUCCCCUUCCUCUCGCACGUCUUCCUGACGAACUCCUUGCAGGCCGAAUGCGCCAGCACCUUCGAAGAGGCCGCCUCGAAAACUUGGAAGGGCUUCAACAUCGCCCUGCUAGAUCAGGAUACUCUUCAUGACCUGCACAAGAUGAGCUUUCAUCGAGGAAAGAAGAGGAUCUGCAUCCCGGGAUGUGUGCCUACCGAUUACACCACCGCGAGGAUCUACAGCGAGACCAACUGUGAUGCCGAUGUGAAAGAUAAUCUGACGACUUACUUUGUCUUUGCGAUUGUCAUCGAAGUUGCCCUCCUCAUCCUUCCUAUCAUCCUCUCAUACUGGGAGAUUCGCAAGGAGUUCAAGAAGUUGCAGGCAAAAGACUCAGAUUCCGAGCAGGCAGACGAGGAGAAAACAUACAGCUUCCUCCAGUGGGAGGCGAAGAAGUUUCCCUACGAGUUUGGCUCCUGGGGCGGCGAUAAGGUGAAUGAUUUCUUGGACAUGGCGAUCAACUACUCCAUUGUGGCCUGUUGGGGUGUGUUGUACCCUCCAAUGGCCACCAUCGCGGCUGUGGCUUUGUUUGUCCUCCUUCGACUCCGGGUCUACAGGAUGCUCUACGUCACCCGAAGACCCCUACCCAGGGCCAGCGCUGGCCUGGGAAUUUGGAGGACCAUCUUUCAGUGCAUCAAUAUUGCAGCGGUCGCUUGCAACGUGGGCAUGGCGACCAUGUUCUUCUACCCCAUGCGAAACAAGGCAUUUGGCUUGCAGCUGAUGCUUUUCUUGCUCUUUGAGCACGCGAUCCUCAUGCUUCAGGCCACCGUCAAGUUCGUUAUCUCCGACUCUCCCGCAGAUGUCACCGAAAUCAAGUACUACAACGAGUACGUGAAGAAGACUCUAAAGAAGUCACGCAUCGCCCCUCUGACCCCAUCUUGGUUGGAUCAUGUCGAUGUUUCCCUCAAUCCGGACCAAGUUGAGAGUGAAGAGGAUAGCGACUCCUCCUGA